CUACUGCUGCAGCUGCAUGCAGUAGUGUGUGUUUUGCAGCACCGGUACGGGCCGAUCGCGCGGCAAAUAAUAAUUUUCUAAAAAUUAUUGUGCGCAAUUUAGGAUAUUUAUGAAGUACGUUCGAUUGAGUAUUUAGCAUCUGUCAAUUAAUAAAAAAAUUAUUAUUCCAUCCGAUAGCUCGUCGAAAAGUUAGAAAGCUUGUUAGGAUGGUUUCUCUGCAUACUUCGCUUGCUAAUUUAGGUUAUUGAAUCAUGUACAAACAUUAUAUGGAUUAUGUUUAUUCUAUCAGAAGUUCGAAAUUCUCGAAACAUUAUUUGAUUCUACUGUGUUGAUAAAGAUUUUAUCAGAUAUAGCAAAUCUGGAUGAAAUAAAGGACAUAAUGAUUAACGCUUCAGAUCCUUUGGAGUAUAUUCCAAGCGGACGAGUUACAGUUUCAAAGCAUCCAGAAUUUCAGACGAAUGAAGUGCACGAGGACAGCAAUCUGUAUCAAUCAACUAUCUCAGAGAAACUGAACAAUGUCAAUGCUGGAUCAAAACCUUCAAAAGACUUUUGGAUACUCCGAGACUCUAAAAAUGAUCAGGAAGAAGAAUUGUAUUGUUCUGGAAAAUUGGCUGUGUACAGCAAAGGGUGUCAAGUGGAAGAUUCUUUGCAAACAUCAUUCUGUUGCGAAACAAAUAUAGUUCAUGCUACGUGGUGCAAGUUCUAUGUGGAAGAUAAGGAUCAAAUUAUGAAAUGUAAAAUAGGAAAUUUACAAAAAUUCUAUAAGACUGCUGUAGAUUGUGUGUGCUUAGUAGAUUCGUACACUUUAAAAGUGUUUACAGAAUUUGGAGAAAAUUAUUCGUCUAGUUUACAAUUUAAGGUUUCUGCUGUAUGGUCAACAAAGUAUGGAAUUUUAUUGGAAAGAUCAAUUCAACCUGCUGCUCCUUACAGUUCUUUUUCCAAGUUGACAUUAGAUAACACCAAAAAUGUUUCUACAACUGAGGAACCUCAUACUCCCACAGUUUAUUCUUUGACACACCCCUUGGAUGAUAUUUGUCCAGUACUUAUUAAAUAUGGUAAUACAUCAUAUACUUGGGAUACAAGUCUACGGAUACUUUUUACAAGUUCAGAACCAUCAUUUGCUUUUGUAUUUGAUGCAAAAUCGGGUUUGCAUUCAAUUUAUAAAAUCAGAAAAGCAUCUAAAGAAGAAUGCCAAAUUAUAAAUGCUAGUUCUGAAAAUACAUCUUUAAUAUACAAUUCAAUGUUUUCAUCAUCAUUAAAUCAUACAAGUAAUACUGCUAUUGGUUUAAAAAAUAGCACUUGUAGAACACACCUUAGCAAUUUAGGUACAUCAAGCAGUCCUUUUCGAUCUAGAGCUGCUUCAUGCACAACUACAGGAUCUGCUAAUAUUUCACUAUCAUCACAACACUUGUCAAGAUCUCAUAGUCCAAUGGCUACUAUAUCUCGUUGUCAGUCUCCAACUAAUCCAAUCUUCUCAACAAUGAAUAAUAGCUCUGGCGGCUACUUUGGACAUCAUAGUAGGUCUUCACACCAAACCUUAUUAGCUCUCUCGGCAGGCCAAUCAGAUCGGAAUGCAGGUCAUUACAAUCGACCUACCAACCAGUAUUUAAACAAUUCUCCAAUGGGUGCAACUGUACCAGAAUUAUGCCUGGAACACAUUUGGACAGAAAAUCCAGCUUUAAUCAAAGACAACAAUGCUGAUCAUGCAUCCAGAGUAUUUCUCACGACGGAUCUUAUUGGACAAACGUAUUUAUGUUAUUUAAUACAAAAUCAGUAUCGUUUAUAUUUGGUGAGACUUGAAAAAUCAAAUGAACCCAAUCAAAUAAUUAUGGGAAUGGUGAAUACAAUAACAGCGAAAGAUGCUAUUAGUUUACCAAAAUUAAAUAUGAUGGCGGUUAUGGAAUCAAAUGGCAAUAUAAUAAUUUACUCAGGCACAUCAUUUAUUGGAAAAUUACAUAUACCAAACGUCGUACCAAAUAUUGUCGGAAAUAAUUAUGUAUUGUCAAGCGUUUACGGUCGAGACUUCUUAUCUCCCUAUCCAAGACGAAGUUCGCUUAUUUCGCCAAACCGGCAAUCAACGCCUGAUGUGAAAUUUGAUGAAGGUGUUCACUUACUGAGUCCAGUUGGUGGCGGCGCUUAUACACAAUUAGAUAUGAUAGAUAAUUCUUUAUUUGACGGCGGGCCUGUUCAGUUAAAGAGUGCCGUUUCAAACAAAUUAAUCUUAGAAUACGGAGAUUCCAAUUAUGUUAAAAUGACUUUGCCAACACUGAAAGGUUCUCCUCUAGUCUUGAUGUGCCUUCAAACUUUAAAAAAUAUUCUACCUCGUGAUCUUGGAAUGCAGCUCUUGGUAAAAUGGUAUGUUGCUAGGAAUGCUCCUGGGCCCGAAGACUUGAGUAUUAAUCAAGAAUGGAAUUUAUUUCUAAACAUAUUUUUCACACUUUUUGGAUACGACAUCAACAAGUUGCACAUAAACAUGAAUAAUGAUUUAGAUCCUGCUUCUGAACAUUAUAGUCCAAUAAUUCUUUCCAAAAAGCAAAAAACCAUAAACAAUGGCUCCAAUGAUGAUUGGUCUUAUCUGGUAGCUUCAGAAGUCACUAGUCAUGUUCAAACUUUCUUAUACGAUGCGAUUGGAUUACAUAAAUGGAAACAUAAAGAAAAUAACGAUACCGUUGAUGUGAUGGAAUCCGAAAAUAUUAAGUUAAUCAAAGUUAACAUACAGUCUCAGUUCGCUGCACAUUUACCGAACAUUUUGUUUUCGUUACAUUUAUUGUACGAAGAACUCAAACUGAGUAGCAUAAUGUCCGAGAGUUUGUUCUUGUUAUCAAAAUUGUUGUACCAAUUGAGUAUGGAUCUAAAUUUACACGUGUACAGACAACACUAUUUCUCCGAUUUUCCAGUAUUAAGUAAAAAUCAAACUGAAUUUUUGGUAAACGAUGCGGAUACCAAUAAAAUUGCCAUACCUUCAUUUAUUUCUGCUGACACGCCCAGUAUAUUCAAAAACCUGUACAACUUACUCACAUUCUCGAAUGUCACUUCUUACCCAUACUUAGUGCAAGUUAAUCCAACGAGUAGAAAUUUGAUACAGUUAUUCGCCAUGCUGAAAAGGCAAAAAGACAUCAAGAUUUUAGAAUUAGAUCACUUUUUUAAAACGAUUAGCUCUGUCACUAACGAAGCCGAAUAUGUUUCUGAAAAAAGUGAGAAAGAGACAAUGGAAGAAAUAAUUAUGCAUUGUCACAAAACAGGGAUCAAUAAACAACAACUGGAGAAUAUGCCGUUAGGUCUGCGGUUCAUUUUCAGCAACGUUAUCCAUCAGUGCAGAGAAAAUCCACCAACGAAUUGGCCAGCUUCGGUUUACGAGCUGAUAGAUCGGCAAGACUUAGCGGUUCUGCAGAAGAAAAUAUUCGACAGCUACUAUCUAGAUAGCACUCAAGAUAAAAUCGUUAAAAAUAACUCUGACGACGUAGAGCACAACGAUGGCAUGGAAUUUGAUUACACGAUUCUUCGACUGAGGUUCAAUCUGGAUCACCGAGUUCGAGAAGUUCGAAAGCUGCUCGAUUCUUCGGAACCUGUUAGGAUAGCUAUAAUUCAACGACCAGACGUUAGCGACCAUGAAUUCAUCGUAGAACAAGAGAAAUUUCUGCACGCUCUUUGCACGAGAACGAUGGCUUUACCGAUCGCAAGAGGAAUGUUCACUUUGAGAACAUCUAUGCCUAUGAAUACCGAGCAACUGCCGAUACCGAAACUCUGCCUAACAGGCAAAGCACCUCCACGAGGGACUACCGUAGAGCUGACGCACAUCGACGUCCCUGCCAACAUGAACUUAUGGCCACUGUUCCACAACGGCGUUGCCACUGGUCUGUGCAUUCAUCCAAGUGCUCAGAACGUUGACUCGACGUGGAUAGUCUACAACAAGCAGCAGCAGGGCGAGUUCGGCAUAGAGCACUCGGGCUUCCUGAUGGCCCUAGGCUUGAACGGUCAUCUCAAAAACCUCGCGCCGUUCAGCAUGUACGAGUAUCUAGUUGAAUGUCACGAAUCCACAAGUGUAGGUCUGCUAUUAGGAUUGUCAGCGACUCACAGAUCUUCGAUGGACGUUGCGAUGACCAAGUUAUUGUCUCUUCAUGUGGAAACUCUGCUACCCCCGACCAGUAUUGAGCUCAACGUGCAACAGAAUGUGCAAGUUGCAGCACUGAUGGGUGUCGGACUCGUUUAUCAGGGAACGAACCAUCGGCAUAUCGCACACGCACUACUAUCCGAGAUAGGAAGGCCUCCGGGCCCUGAAAUGAAGAACUCUGUUGACAGAGAAUCUUAUUCAUUAACAGCGGGGUUGGCGCUAGGAUUAGUUGUGUUGUCCUCUGGAGGAGGCUCAGACUUGGCUAGUAUUCCUGAUACUCUUCACUAUUACAUGGUGGGAGGCAAUACAAGACCCUUCAGCGGAGCUCAAAAAGAUAAAUACAAAUCGCCAAGCUAUCAGAUACGGGAAGGAGAUUCUAUUAAUAUUGAUGUUACGAGUCCGGGUGCAACAAUGGCAUUAGGAUUAAUGUAUCUUAAAACAAACAACCACGCUGUUGCUGAAUGGAUGGCUGCCCCAAAUACACAGUAUCUUUUGGAUUUUGUCAGACCAGAUUUUUUGCUGCUUCGCAUUUUGGCAAAGUCGUUGAUUCUUUGGGAUGAGAUUGAACCCUCCAAGACUUGGGUAUCGAGUCAUGUUCCUGACAUUGUAGCUAAAUACAAGUUACAAAAACCUACCGCUAAUAUAUCUGAACCAAUUGAUUUAGAAACUAUAAAUCAAGCGUAUUGCAAUAUUAUAGCUGGCGCAUGCAUGGCUGUCGGGCUAAAAUAUGCUGGAACUGAAAACAUGAUCGCCUUCAAUACACUUUAUCACUUUUUAAAGAUGUUUAUGACACUUUCUCAUAAAUCAGUAGCAGAAUUGGCAGGAAAGGCCACAAUAGAAACUUGUCUUAACGUUGUCUUGUUGGCGGCAUCUAUUGUAAUGGCAGGCACAGGAAAUUUAGAUAUUUUAAGAGUAUGCAGAUAUAUGAGGACACGAGUUGGUCCUACAAACAGUGUAGUAACUUAUGGUUCACACGUCGCUACGCACAUGGCGCUUGGCUUUUUGUUUUUAGGUGGUGGGAGUUACACAUUAUCAAAUGAUCCUUCUUCAGUAGCAGCCCUUGUGAUUUCUCUAUUUCCGAAAUUCCCUACUCACAGCAAUGAUAACAGAUAUCAUUUACAAGCUCUAAGACACUUUUACGUGUUAGCCACCGAACCCAGACUGUUGUUACCAAAAGAUAUAGAUAACAAAAAGUAUUGUUACGCAAAAAUCCGCUUGACUUUUCAAUCUGACAGUCAAAACGAAGGCCAAAAAAUCGUUCUCAAAGCCCCAUGCCUUGUACCUCAAUUGGAUAGGUUAGAUAAAAUAGAAUUGGAUGAUGAUAGAUAUUGGAAAAUUACAUUUGAUAAAGAUCGCAAUUUCGAUUUACUCAAAGAAAUCCUAAACGCUAACUGUGUCCUACAUGUAAAACAAAGAGCUGGUUGCUUGUCCCACACGGAAGACCCACAAGGUUUUCGUACAUUGUUGGCUCAAACCUUAACAACAGAAGACAUCAUUGUUUGGACAGCCUCGCUGAAGCAAAUAACAUCAUUCACCACGGAUACAACAGUGCUAAACUUUGUCAAUGGAUUUUUGAAAAAAGGCGAUUUGAAUCAUCAUACGAUAUGCGAUUCAUUCUGUAUGAACAAAAUGCACGACAAAUUAAGUUCAUUAUGCUGCUCAGGCAUCCAAGACUCCUCUCAUGAAACAUCAAUUAAUUUCAAUAACGUGAACGAAAUCCCUCAAGAAAUAUCCGUGACUGAAAAUCAUUACUUACAGAUUUUGAUCAGCAUGACGUACGAGUGCGUGAUAAAAGAUAAAAUAAAUUUUUUGCCCCUUUGGAUAAGUAUCUACAAGACACUUGUAACUAUUGAAAAAGAGCCUACAACAAAUUUGAUCUGGCAGAUUAAAUUUUUACACUCUUUCAAGUUCUGCAAUAACUUUUUCCAAGGUGUAGACAAAUUGCUGAACGUAGAAAACAUUCUAGCUAACAAACAGCACUUGUACCUAAUAACGGAUUCUUGGGAAAGCGAUAUUUCAAUCAUUUUGAAAAAUUUGUUAAAUAUAGGCUGUGCAAGAACACGUAUUAAAGCUUUUGAAAAGCUUUCUAGUUAUAUACUAAAUUACAAUGUUCCUUGUCAAAUAGAUCAGCACGUUGUCAAUCCACCAGAAAAUCCUAUCCAAGACAAAAACACGACUUGUUUGACAGCUUAUGGAGCGUUUAGAUUUAAUUCACUAUUUGGAAAUCGUUAAAGACGAGUAAACAUUUUUGUAUAUGUUGUAUAAUUUUUGUAAAUGCAACGUAAAAGAAGAAAGGAACGACAGUAUAUUGAAUAAUCUUUUUUAUAGCAAGAUUAUUGAUCUGUGUCUUCCACUUGAAAAUAUUACUAGCAUAAAUUCGGUCUUUGAUCUUGCGAAGAUUUUGGCGAGCCUUUUUGGCAAAGUAGAUCAAAUUUAGAGGAAAUUAUGAAUGUAAAUAUUAUAUUUAGUUUAAAGCUAUUCAUAACAACGUAUUUUGCAACUGAAAUCGCGUAACUACUACGCAUCUAGCAUAAUACCUUAAUGAAUCAGUUCUUUUUUAUCUGCAAAUAAAUGUUGUACAUACAUACAUAUAUAAUUUCUUAACUAUAAAGAUUUUUUUAUAAAAACUC